GAUUCAUUAAAAAUUUGAGAUUCAUAAAUGAAUAAUUGGUUUAAAAAUUGAAAUAAUUGUUGUUGAAGAUGCAAUAAUAAAAAAUGAAUUAGUAAAAUAUAGAUUCUUAAGAAGGGUAAUAAGACUGUAAAUGCACAGAUAAAUAAUGUGUUGAACAAUGUAAAUGUAAGACAGGUGGAUAAUGUAAGUGUACAAAUUGUAAGUGUAAUGAUUGCUAAUGCACAGAUACAUAAUGUGUUUAACAAUGUAAAUGCAAGACAGGUGGAUAAUGCAAGUGCACAAAUUGUAAGUGCAGUAACUGUUAAUGCACAGAUACAUAAUGUGUUGAACAAUGCAAAUGCAAGACAGGUGGAUAAUGCAAGUGUACAAAUUGUAAGUGUAAUGAUUGUUAAUACACAGAUAAAUAAUGUGUUGAACAAUGUAAAUGUAAGACAGGUGGAUAAUGCAAGUGCACAAAUUGUAAGUGUAAUGAUUGUUAAUGCACAGAUAAAUAAUGUGUUGAACAAUGUAAAUGCAAGACAGGUGGAUAAUGCAAGUGUACAAAUUGUAAGUGUAAUGAUUGUUAAUGCACAGAUAAAUAAUGUGUUGAACAAUGUAAAUGUAAGACAGGUGGAUAAUGCAAGUGUACAAAUUGUAAGUGUAAUGAUUGUUAAUGCACAGAUAAAUAAUGUGUUGAACAAUGUAAAUGUAAGACAGGUGGAUAAUGCAAGUGUACAAAUUGUAAGUGUAAUGAUUGUUAAUGCACAGAUAAAUAAUGUGUUGAACAAUGUAAAUGUAAGACAGGUGGAUAAUGCAAGUGUACAAAUUGUAAGUGUAAUGAUUGUUAAUGCACAGAUAAAUAAUGUGUUGAACAAUGUAAAUGUAAGACAGGUGGAUAAUGCAAGUGUACAAAUUGUAAGUGUAAUGAUUGUUAAUGCACAGAUAAAUAAUGUGUUGAACAAUGUAAAUGUAAGACAGGUGGAUAAUGCAAGUGUACAAAUUGUAAGUGUAAUGAUUGUUAAUGCACAGAUAAAUAAUGUGUUGAACAAUGUAAAUGUAAGACAGGUGGAUAAUGCAAGUGUACAAAUUGUAAGUGUAAUGAUUGUUAAUGCACAGAUAAAUAAUGUGUUGAACAAUGUAAAUGUAAGACAGGUGGAUAAUGCAAGUGUACAAAUUGUAAGUGUAAUGAUUGUUAAUGCACAGAUAAAUAAUGUGUUGAACAAUGUAAAUGUAAGACAGGUGGAUAAUGCAAGUGUACAAAUUGUAAGUGUAAUGAUUGUUAAUGCACAGAUAAAUAAUGUGUUGAACAAUGUAAAUGUAAGACAGGUGGAUAAUGCAAGUGUACAAAUUGUAAGUGUAAUGAUUGUUAAUGCACAGAUAAAUAAUGUGUUGAACAAUGUAAAUGUAAGACAGGUGGAUAAUGCAAGUGUACAAAUUGUAAGUGUAAUGAUUGUUAAUGCACAGAUAAAUAAUGUGUUGAACAAUGUAAAUGUAAGACAGGUGGAUAAUGCAAGUGUACAAAUUGUAAGUGUAAUGAUUGUUAAUGCACAGAUAAAUAAUGUGUUGAACAAUGUAAAUGCAAGACAGGUGGAUAAUGCAAGUGUACAAAUUGUAAGUGUAAUGAUUGUUAAUGCACAGAUAAAUAAUGUGUUGAACAAUGUAAAUGUAAGACAGGUGGAUAAUGCAAGUGUACAAAUUGUAAGUGUAAUGAUUGUUAAUGCACAGAUAAAUAAUGUGUUGAACAAUGUAAAUGUAAGACUGGUGGAGAAUGUAACUGCCAAAACUGUUCCUGCUAAUUGCAUUAAAAAUAAGAUAUAUAAUGA